UGCCCCGCCCCGCCCCGCCCCCGACGUUGAGUCCUGCAACAGCCCGGGGCAACUGGCACUCUCAGCCGGAUUCCCCCCGAGCGGAGCUGCGGGGCCGGGCCGGGCCGGGGCGGACCCCGGGAUCCCGGACGCGGCCGCCCGGGCCCGCGGGCGGGGGGAUUGGCAGGGGACCCGCGUGGGCACAGCCACCAUGGAGUUCCGGCAGGAGGAGUUUCGGAAGCUGGCGGGGCGCGCCCUGGGGAGGCUGCACCGGCUCCUGGAGAAGCGUCAGGAAGGCGCGGAGACGCUGGAGCUGAGCGCCGACGGGCGCCCAGUGACCACGCACACGCGGGACCCGCCUGUGGUGGACUGCACCUGCUUUGGCCUCCCUCGCCGCUAUAUCAUCGCCAUCAUGAGUGGUCUGGGUUUCUGCAUCAGCUUCGGCAUCCGCUGCAACCUGGGCGUGGCCAUCGUGUCCAUGGUCAAUAACAGCACGACCCACCGUGGGGGCCACGUGGUGGUGCAGAAAGCUCAGUUCAACUGGGAUCCGGAGACUGUCGGCCUCAUCCACGGCUCCUUUUUCUGGGGCUACAUUGUCACUCAGAUUCCAGGAGGAUUUAUAUGCCAAAAAUUUGCAGCCAACAGGGUCUUUGGCUUUGCCAUUGUGGCUACCUCCACCCUCAACAUGCUGAUCCCCUCAGCAGCUCGCGUCCAUUACGGCUGUGUCAUCUUUGUGAGGAUCCUGCAGGGACUGGUGGAGGGGGUCACAUACCCUGCCUGCCAUGGCAUCUGGAGCAAAUGGGCCCCUCCCUUAGAACGGAGUCGGCUGGCGACAACAGCCUUUUGUGGUUCCUAUGCUGGGGCAGUGGUGGCCAUGCCCCUGGCUGGCGUCCUGGUGCAGUAUUCAGGAUGGAGCUCUGUCUUCUAUGUCUAUGGCAGCUUUGGGAUCUUUUGGUACCUGUUCUGGUUGCUGGUCUCCUACGAGUCACCGGCACUGCACCCCAGCAUCUCAGAAGAGGAGCGGAAAUACAUCGAGGAUGCCAUCGGAGAGAGUGCCAAGCUCAUGAACCCUGUUACGAAGUUUAACACCCCCUGGAGGCGCUUCUUCACAUCCAUGCCGGUCUACGCCAUCAUUGUGGCCAACUUUUGCCGCAGCUGGACCUUCUACCUGCUCCUCAUCUCCCAGCCCGCCUACUUUGAGGAAGUGUUCGGCUUUGAGAUCAGCAAGGUGGGCCUGGUGUCGGCACUGCCUCACCUUGUCAUGACCAUCAUUGUACCCAUUGGAGGCCAGAUCGCUGACUUUCUGCGCAGUCGUCGGAUAAUGUCCACCACCAAUGUGCGGAAGUUGAUGAACUGCGGGGGCUUCGGGAUGGAAGCCACGCUGCUGCUGGUGGUCGGAUAUUCCCACUCCAAGGGUGUGGCCAUCUCCUUCCUUGUCCUGGCUGUGGGCUUCAGCGGCUUUGCCAUCUCUGGGUUCAACGUGAACCACUUGGACAUCGCCCCUCGAUAUGCCAGCAUCUUGAUGGGCAUCUCCAAUGGCGUGGGCACACUGUCUGGGAUGGUGUGCCCUAUCAUCGUGGGCGCAAUGACCAAGCACAAGACUCGGGAGGAGUGGCAGUACGUGUUCCUCAUCGCCUCCCUGGUGCACUACGGGGGCGUCAUCUUCUACGGGGUCUUCGCUUCGGGCGAGAAGCAGCCGUGGGCGGAGCCCGAGGAGACCAGCGAGGAGAAGUGCGGCUUCGUGGGCCACGACCAGCUGGCCGGCAGCGACGACAGCGAGCCGGAAGACGAGGCCGAGCCCCCGGGGGCGCCCCCUGCACCUCCGCCCUCCUACGGGGCCACACACAGCACGGCCCAGCCUCCCAGGCCCCCGCCCCCGGCCCGGGGCCACUGACCACGUGCCUCCGCUCCAUACACCCCCAGCCUGAGCGGCGGUGUCGAGGAGCCCGACUCCUCCUGCCCGGCCUCGGGCCUAAGGUGCAAGUCUGCCCUUGUCCCCAGUGCUGUCCGACCAACCUUCCCCCUCAGCGGCCUCUCAAGGGGGAAGCUGCACACUAGCAAGGACACCCCAACACCCCGAAAGUUGUUCGCUUGUUCUACCUGUGUGGUUUCAAGUCUCCCCUCCAGGUUUCCAGGUUCCACCCUUUCCUGGGACCCCGGGAUUCUCAGGCCACCCCAGGAUUGUUCAGCUGGUCUCCAACUCGGAAAAACUCAUGGUCAUCCCCCAUCAGUCCCAAGGCCCCCUAACCGCUCGGCCUUCCCCAAGAUGGUUGGCCAACCACCGACCCCGCCAUUCCAAGGACUGACUCUCACCAGCGUUUCUGGGGAAUGGCGGUUUCAAGUCUCCCCACCCCUUGCCCCCUCCCUCACCAGCACUUUGCCGGGCCUUGCCCUUAUCCUUAGCUUAGUACAGUGUCCAGGGAAAUGGCCGGCGUGGCUCUGCUCACCCCGCGCUCUCUUUCGGACUCGGUUUUCAGGUCUUUGCUCAAGUCUGUCAAUUCAGGGGCUCGAAGCUGUCACUCUUCCCUGUGGUGGUUUCAGGAUCUCCCUUCCCCCCAAAUCCUUGCACUUUACUCUCCUGGGUGGCUCGGACUGCCCUCAGUUUCUCAGUGACCAUUUGUUGUGUCCCUCAGGGGCUAAAUGACUCCAAGUCUGGGGUGCUUCCCUCAUAGACACCCCUCUUUAGAAAUCCCAGGAAAGGCGCAGGCGUGGGAGAAGAGGGCUGUCCCUGGGGCAGGGUUGUGUCUCGGUGUCUCUGUCUCUGUGACUGUAAAUCCUGCCCUGCCCCAUCCCACUCCCAAUAAACGCUUUGGUGUACAGAC